UGGAUUAAACAAAGUUAAUUGCACCUAUUUCUUAUUUUAAUCUGGAGAGUGGGAAUUUUUGUAUGAAGUAGUAAUAGCACAGGUAGUAUAAGAAUAUGUCAAGCACGAUGUGUGACUGUUUUGAGACUGACUGAGGUUUGGUAAAUACAAUUAGCUUAACCUGUUUUGUUUUGUGGGAAUGGAAACAGGCUCAAAUUAAGGAAGGGGUUUAUCCAGGGAGCAUGAGUUCAGUUUUUUCUGUUGCAAAUGGCAGAAAAACAAUUCUGACAACAUGUCCAAAAAAGAAAAAGAAAAAAGAGAAAGAAAAAAAAAGUUAUCAGAGGUUUGCUGAGGACUGACCAAUCUGGCCUAGGAAUGGUGAUGGAGAAAGAGGAGAGCCCAGCUUUCAGUAGCAGGAGCUGGCGACUACCUUUCUCUGGCACUUUUUCCUAUUCUCAGCUCUGUGUCUCAGGUCUCCAGAAGAGAGACUGAUAGGCCCAGGCUUUGUGGGGAGACAGGAGCCUGUGAUAGUCUAUUACAUGGCAUCAAUGGUGAGAGGUGGGACAAUUUGCUAAGAAACCCGGGUGACCUAGUGCAUUGGGCUGCAGAAGCUGGAUGGGGAUGCUGGGCAGGCAAAAAUGAAAAAUGUCCCCUACAAGGGUCCCACAGCCUGCCAGUGACUCAAUCCUCCUUACUCCCAGGUCAGUGCUCCUCUCCACACAUGAUGAGUCUCAAUAAAUAUUUGAGUGUCACCCACUUCAAUGGUUUCUGCCUCUCCAGACCCUACCUGCCCUGAGGCAGUCUUGGUCCAGUAACUCUGCGCCAGAGGAGAGCUGGGUUAGGGUAGUAAGGGAGGUCAAACUGGGGUGGGGUAUCCAUCCAUGCUCUCUGCUUUGUUUCCAGGGGUCUUCAGGGCUUUGCUCAAGGGCCAGAACCUAGGAGCCCAGGCGGGCAGCUCGGGAGCAGAGGGGCCUAAGGAUUUCAUUGUCAGAAACGUAUCCCAACCGUGAACAGGGGCAUGGACCACAAUGACGGUGUCAUCCAAGCUCCAGCUGGCACCGUGGUGCCUCAGGAACUGCUCGAAGAAAUGCUUUGGUUUUUUCGGGUAGAAGAUGCAUCUCCUUGGAAUUAUUCCAUCUUUGCCCUGGUGGGUGUGGUGAUUGUGAUAAGCAUUGUCCUCCUGAGAAAGAGCAUCCAGGCAAACAGAAAUCAAAAGACACUGAGGAAAAACAAACUGGAAACAACAACUCUGGAAGUCCAAGACUUGGCUGAGGCCGGAGCCAGAGAGGACAACAACCUGAACAUGCUAAGAGAGACUUUGCUCUCAGAAAAGCAAAAUUUGGCCCAGGUGGAAACUGAGUUAAAAGGGAGAAAGGCGCCACUGGUUCUCCUUCCAGACCCACAAGAAUCCGAGAGCUAGGAGGGGUCCAG